AUGAUGAUGAUGAUGGGGGUUGUUGGGAAGUGCAUUGGGCGCCGUGUGGCGUUGGCGAUGAUGGUGGUGGUGGCGGUGGUGGUGUGUGGGAGUCGGGUGGAGGCGGCGUUGAAGGCGGGCGGGCCACAGUGGACACCCAUCAAGGACGAGCCGUAUCGGGAGCUUCUUAGCCUGCGCGCGAGCUUUGCCAACCAGACGCGCAUCGAGGGCUGGCCCCAGCUGCCCUUUGAUUCCAUUUAUGGGAUGUAUGCUGCCAACGCCAGCCGUGCCGUCCUCAACACCGAUCAGGGUGCUUACCUUCUCAACCUCGAAGCCGCUCCGACUUCGCUCAAGGUCACAUCCCUCAACGUACCGCUCAAGCCCUCCGACUUUUUGGUGCCCCUCGCAACUGUUGCCGAUACUUUUGUUCGAAUUAGCACGGCGGGUGCUUCCAGCUAUGCCUGCUCGGCCAGCUCUUGCGUGCAGCAGCACGCGUCUACCGCCUCUCUGCCAGACAUCACGGCCGUAGAGGUCCUGCCCGGAAACAAAGGCGUGCUGAUCGGAACGACCAACGGCCUGUACCAAAUUGUCGAUUUCACGACGAGCUUGGACAUCAGUCCGCUCAUCACCAGCAUCGACGGUAUCAUGUCGCUCACCCCUUGUGGUGACUUUUAUGCCGUCGGUACCGAGGCGCGCGUCUUUCGUAUUGACCACCACGGCGCUGUGCUCGACUGGGAGUGGGUGACCCGCCUCGCCGAUGGCGCUGGCGGCGUCUACGGUGCCCCGCCACGUGCCAUGCGCUGCGAUGCUCGGGGCCAGCUUUUCGUCGCCAACGAAAUCAGCUUGAAUCAGCGUGACAGCGAUGGCUUGGUCUCUCGCUUCGAUUUCAAGCAGGGCAUGCCCAUGAAUAACGCCUCCCGCCUGGCCAUUGAGCCUGGCACCGAGGCUGUCUGGGUCGGCACGUUCAACGCCCUGCUUCGCUAUAGCCGCGGACAGGACGACCCUGACUGGCGCUACUUCCACGGUGAUCGGUUCUUGCCCCAUGAUUCCAACAUCACGGCCCUCCUCGCCAUGGAUAAGGACCAUGUCGUCGUGGCCACCCCCGGUGGUUUGGCUGUCCUCGUCUGGCAAGAGUGGACGCUGCGACAAAAGGCCGACCACUACUACAACAUCCUCCAGGCCCGCCACAACCGCUACGGCAUGGUUAGUGAAUGUGGCAUGAGCACCUACGGUCAACUCUCCACCUGUCAGUCUGGCCCGAGCGAUAACAACGGCCUCUGGACGAGCCUCCUGGCCGUCGCCUACACCUAUGCCCAAGAGCUGGAACCCUCGGCCACCCACAGCCAGGCCCUCACCGACUUUCAAAACGGCAUGCGCCUCCUCGUCAACAUCACCCACGUUCGCGGCCUCAUGGCUCGCACCUGCGUGUCCCCAGAGGCCAACCACAACAACCCCGAUCCCAAUUGGCAUAACAGUUCCGCCCCCGGCUUUGCCGGCUGGGCCUUCAAGGGUGAUGCUUCCUCUGACGAGGUCGUGGGCCACAUGUUUGCCCACAUGGUCAUUGCCACCACUGCCUCUGACGAGAGCCAACGCAACCUCUCCCGUGAUAUCCUCUUGGACAUUAUCAACUACAUCAACAACAACGAUUACUACCUCAUCGACGUCACCGGCCUUCCGACACGCUGGGGCAUUUGGAAUCCCUUGUACAUCAACCACAAUCGUUCUUGGAGUGACGAACGCGGUCUCAAUCCCAUGCAAAUUCUGGCCUACUUGGUAGCAGGCCGAGCUCUGGCACGAACCCCCGCUGAAGCGAGUGGCUUUGAGAAGAGCAUCAAUGUACUCUGCAACUCCACCAACCAGUAUGCUCGGAACAUGCUCAACUUGAAGAUUGAGUCGCCAGAUGACAACAAUUACUCGGACGACGAGCUUACCUUUUUGCCCUUUUACACCAUGGCUCUGGGCCUCAAGGCGGCUCCUUUCGGUUCGCUCGACACUCCUCUCGCCCAAAGCCUCGAGCGUACAUGGCUCUCGGUUCGGGGAUUGCGCGCCGCUCCCUGGAACGUCAUCUAUACCUUGAUCAAUGGCUCGCUCACGAACCAAGACGACGUGGACAAUAUUGCCUGGAAUCUGCGCACGUGGCCGUUGGAGCUGAUUGAUUUUCCCAUGACCAACACCAUUCGCCGUGACAUUUUCAUGAACCCCGAAGGGGGUCGCAAUGGUGAGGUUUACAACGAUGACGUUCGCCGUAUCUUGCCCGCGUACGAACGGUCUCAGCUGCGGUGGAACAGCGAUCCCCAUGAUCUCGAUGGUGGAUCCGGUACUCAGGAGGGUGAUCCCGGCGCCUGGCUCUUGCCAUACUGGAUGGCGCGUCAUGCGGGCCUCAUUGUUCCUUAAGCGAACACGAGAGCGGAACAACAUUGCUUCGAGCUACAUGUUGCUGUGGGUUACUGUGUGCCCGCUCAUGCACGAAAUUGCUGAGCUUAAAUCAAGCCGACUGCAAGAUUGGAUGGCACCUACGUGUAUUCAAUCAAUUUCAUU